CAAGGGCUCUUCUUCCUCAGAGAGACGACUCAACCCCACCUCAAGAACACCAAGCCAAACAUCCCAUUCCAUUCCACGGUGAGGCUGAGCGAUCUGACGAAUUCCAACACCAACAGCGGCGACAGGUUUGUUCUCUGAACUUCUCUGACCCUUUUUAGCAGCAGGAACACGAACACACAGUGAGAAACUGAGAGGUCUUGUUCAAGGAGGCAUUUCUUUUGGGAUUAUUAGAUCAAAAGAAGCGUUCUUGGGUGGGAUUUUUUAAAUUUCUUGGCUAUUCUCUCCUAGCUAGGAGGAACAGAGAUCCAGAGAACCUUUUUUCUCUCCUGGAUUCUUGUCUUCUUCUUUUUUCCUUCAUUUGCUUCGGUACGGUUAGAAAGGGUUCUUUUGCAAUACCCUUCUAGUUCGUCCGAUUUUUUCUUCUUUUCUUUGCACUACCCAAUUUCCUCCCCUUGUUUCCUCUGCUUUUAUUGAGGAACAAGAAAGCUCCUUUUUUUCCAUUCCAGUUUUAGUUCAACCUCAGAUCGCAUCAUCUUCCAGUCCAGUCCCCAUGGCCGCAGCUAUAGACAUGUACAAGUACAACAGCAGCAGCGCGCACCAGAUCGCCUCUGCUUCAGAUCAGCAGGAGCUCAUGAAAGCACUCGAACCUUUUAUCAGGAGUGCUUCUUCCAAUCCCUAUAGCUACAACUACUACCCUUCUCCUUCGUCUUCUUCUUCCUCCAUGACCCAAGAUUCUUCUUACAUCACCACCAACCCAUCGCCGUACGCCUCUUUCGCCACAUCCCCUGUUCCGACAACCACCGCCCUUCCGCCGCUGUACUCUUCGGCCGGGGUGAACGGGCCGAUCGGGCUGGCCCACCUGGGCCCGGCCCAGAUCCAGCAGAUCCAGGCCCAGUUUAUCGCACAGCAGCAGCAGAGGGGGAUGGGCCUGGCGGGCUCGUUCCUUGGGCCGCGGGGGACGACGCCGAUGAAGCAGUACUCCGGGUCGCCGCCGCUGGGGGCGCAGUCGAAGCUGUACCGCGGCGUGCGGCAGCGGCACUGGGGGAAGUGGGUGGCGGAGAUCCGGCUGCCGAAGAACCGGACGCGGCUGUGGCUCGGCACCUUCGACGCCGCCGAGGACGCCGCGCUCGCCUACGACAAGGCCGCCUUCCGCCUCCGCGGCGACCAGGCGCGCCUCAACUUCCCGGCGCUCCGCCGCGGCGGCGCACACCUCGCCGGCCCGCUCCACGCCUCCGUCGACGCCAAGCUCACCGCCAUCUGCCAGUCGCUCCAGAACCCGGCCGCGGCGGAGCCGGAGUCGCCCAAGUGCUCGGCGGCGUCCGCGUCCACGGAGGGGGACAACGAUUCCGCGUCGGCGUCCGCUGCCGGGUCGCCCGGGGCGCCGGUGCCGGGGAUGGAGAAGCUGGACUUCACGGAGGCGCCGUGGGACGAGUCCGAGACCUUCCACCUGCGCAAGUACCCCUCCGUCGAGAUCGACUGGGACUCCAUCCUCUCCUGAACAAGAACAAGCAAGCAAGGGUUACUCGGCUUCAUGUAGCUAUGUAAUUUACUUUCGAUCGAUCCAAUUGGCGGCUGCUCUGGCUCGACGGCAUUUUAGACGUCGGCCAUGGCAGCUGCAAUUAGCAGGUAGUAGCAGCUAGCUCGUACUAGUAGCCAGUGUUGUUUACUGCAACCUCGUGUACGUACGUAGUACAGAUCUCCUGGUUGAUCCGCCGGCUGUUUUUUCACGGCGAGUCCAGUCGAGACGUGUAACCCAUGGUUUAAUUUACCCGUUGAUGAAAUUUCAGCACUAUGUAUCUAUAGCUUCUGUCUGUAACUACACAUGCAUGUAUUUCAGAGUGAUGAUGUGGUUAAUUAUGAUUUAUGAACUUAUGAUG